AACCAGUCAUCAGAUCCAACAGAUGCAGCAGUUUGGACUCAUAAUCACAUCAUCUUUUACCUCUUCAGUCUCCAUCUGAUUUCUGCAUUAAAAGCUGACCCGGAGGAAGUGCCGGUGGAGGUGAUUGUUGACAGUUCUCCCUGCAGCGUCACCUGUGGGCUGGGUGUCAAAAUUCAAACUCUGUGUUUACUGAAAGAUGGCAAGACAGCGAUGGAAGAAGAUGUGAGACGUAAAGAUGGAACAGAGGUGUCGGAGGAGUGUCGUGUGCGUAGGGUGAAGUGUCGAGAGUCAUGGCAGUGUGGACUCAGGACCAUCACUGUGACUUCAGGACAAAGAGUGGAGGUCGACUGUCUGGGAGAAGUCAUGGAGGCGAUGGGGAAGUUCUCCUGGAGGGUAUCCUGGCGUUAUGCCCGAGGAAUAAUCAGCUCUGAUGACUCUCUGUUUGCUCGCUGGGAGGCUCCUGAACUGGACCGUGUGAUUCUGGAUCCUGUCAGGGAGGAAGAUGCAGGUACAUAUCGCUGCGAAGUGCAGGAUGCCAACUUCCGCAGGGUGAAGAGGGUUUACUGGGGGAUCCGGGUUUUGCCCGACAAGAUUCUCAAUCUGGACUAUGAAAGCUCUCUGGCCCAGUGGGACUUGGCUGGAAACCAGGAGAACCAGACUGUGUCAGACCAGGGCGACCACAGGACAGCUCUUCUUUACACUAUACUGAUCAGUUUGAGCAUCGCAGGCCUCGGGAGUGGACUGAUUCUGCUGGGCCUCCAUCAGAUAGUGAAGAGGAGGAACACAGAAUUUGCCCAAUGAACCCCAGAGAACCAACUGUAUGUACCUGUUUACAGAUGUAACUUUUCCAUCAACAAACAUGUCUGUUGUUCUUAGUGUUUAACUGAAAAUUGAAAGUAAAACUAAACAUGCAA